AUACGAAGUGAAUUUAUUUCUCUUUGUUUAUGUUUUUUGUUCAAGGCAAAACUAGUGACGCAAUCAAAUAGCACCGGCGUUGUUUCUAUCGUUAGGCACUUCCUUACUGAUGCGCUCUUCUUAAAAUAACCAAAGAAUAAAAAGUAUUUUAUAGUAUUAGUCUUUGUAGUUGUUAUAAGAUGUCUGCUUUUACAUUUAUUCAGAUAAGAAAGCUUUCUCUGUAAGUUUAAACGCGUUGCUGCUAAUACUGGCAGGAAUAAGUUCCGUUAUUUAGCCAACAAGCUAACACGAGACUCCUUGUUGUCAGUAGCGACAUACUGUAAAACAAAUGACUAGUUCAAUUAACUUUUCGUAAUGGAUGACAACUUGUCGUCAUCUUCGAUGGUGACUGGUCUUUCUCAAGCGUCUUUUCUCCAAAGGACGCUGGAGCGCUUAUCCUCUACGCAGUGUCUGAAGCUCAAAGCUGAGGACAGGGAUGCUGUCGCUGUCAUUGCACUUCAGAGGUACUUAUCAGAGCAAAGUGAGGGGCAUCAGCAGCAACACACCUACACGUAUGACGUGACUGUCACUGAUGGAGUCUGGCGAGCUAAAUGCUUUGUUCACCCUUGUUUAAACCACCUGGUGCACACAAACAAUCUGAGGACUGGGACUGAUAUCAACAUCACACAGUGCUCUUUUGUUUACAACGAGAGGAGAUUAGGACACGGUUACAUUUGCAUUGAAAGGCUCAGAUGUGGUGCAGAGACGUCUGUCGUCUUGCCCCGCAUAAACGAUGUCAGUUCACUGCCUAUACUGGUAAAGCAGGGCAUGGAGAGAAGUGUGGUGCUGCAAAGUGAUGUUCCCCUUCAGGUGAGCCGCAAACACUACCUUUCUCUGUGGAACAACGACGACCCAGAGGGAGACAUCUGGACCUCAGGAUCUCCCUCAUCUGACACAGUGCUGGACGUGUCCAAGAUUAGUCUUCUGAGUAGUCUGGAGUCAUCGUUUAGAAGCUCAUGGAAACCUUUGCCUCUCCUUGUGAAAAUAAUACACAAAUCCAGACUACGAUAUUAUGGGAAGUUUGGGCUCAAGAUUGAUUACCCCUAUCAGGCAUACUUUGAAGUUGCUGACCAGAGUGGCACAAUGUCGCUUGUGCUUUGGAAUGAACUUUGUCCAGAGUUUUACCAGAGACUGAACGUAGGCACAGUGUUGUACCUCCAAAAUUACACCAUGAAGCAGAGUUAUUCAUGCCGUUCACGCCCACAAAUGGACCAUCACAGAUUGAAGACCUUUAACUCUGUUGAAAUCUGCCUGAACCCUCGCAAUCCAGCUUCGGUCAUCACUAUAGUGUCACCAAAGAGUGUGCUGCCUCAGUGGGGAUUGCCUGAGGUUUCCUACCAGUUCAUCACCAGGUCAGAGUUGGAAAAAUUAACCAACAAUUCUGCAUGUGAUGUCAUUGGUUUGGUAACAUUUGUUGGUCGUGUUGAAAGAGUCAAGAGGAAAGGGAACAAGGGUCCAGAAAAAUACUGGACGUAUCGCUGGGUACACGCAGUGGACGGGACAUCUAACCAUCCUUUUAUCUUGGAGAUUUUUUCCUCUUCUCAACCAGAAAUCUUUAGUUGUAUCUGCCCAAUGACCUACCUGGUUUGCACUCAGAUGAGGGUUUGUCAAGUGGAAGGCUCAUUGCCCUACCUCACAAGCAGCUGUGAGACAGAGACAUUCAUCACAGGCUACCACAAAGGUCAGCCAUAUGUGAGUGACCUCAGAGUGAAGAAUUUCAUCCAGUGGACGAAGACUCUGAAGGACAAUGUCGUCCUCAAGAAGACUGCUGUCGGUGGCCAUUAUUGCUACCCUUGUCCCCCCAAGAUGUUUACACAGUCAAUGGCAGAUGCCUCAGCUCAAGUUCCCCUGGUUGCUGUGGCUGACCUGAAGAGGGAGUUAGAGACCCUGCAAUAUAGGGAACAUAAAAAAGUAGCAAUUCAAGGACAGAUCACAGCAGUGCAGUACAUGAAAACCCCAAAGACCACAGAGUCACAAGUAACAGAAGAGAGAGAGGUGCCAGAUGUUUCUACUGAUAUGUGUGUACCAGACACACACAGUCAUCCCACAGCAGCUGAGCAGACUUUGUCAUACAGUUUAAGAUCUCCGUCUGCUGAGAAAAUCUCAGCUGGCAGAGGAAAAAGAAGAAUUCAAGUGAGAAAAGCCACACAGUCCUCCUUGAGUCAUGGUGGUGUGCCAUCAAAAAGAAGGGCUGGAUAUGAAAAUACAGAGGAAGGACAAGAGCAAGAAGAAAAAGAGCGUGACUCUGAAUUAGAGGAGGCUCAGGAGGUGGAAUGUCACCUACAACUGCAAAAUCCAAAUCAAGACUCUGAUGUUUUAUCUUGGGAAAGCAGCAGUUGGCUGAAGCAGAAGCAUGAAGUGUCUGAACAUUUGUGUCAAGGUGGUCUGUACCAGGACAGCAUCUCUCAGAAGUUCACAUCUGACACGAAGCAUGUCCUCCUGCAGUGGAGUAACCUUCAGCCAACGCGGUGGACACCAGAGCAAACUGCUGACACCGUCCCACCUGUGGUUUGUCCAGGAUACUACCAAGUAACAAUAUUAGGCAUAAACAAGCUGAUAGCUGUUGAUGCUGCGUAUUUUCCUGUUGUGAGUGCUGAUGAACCCAGGGCUGUGGGUCUCCCUCAGGAUCCACACGGCAACACAAUGCUGUCCUGUCUCACGUCAGGAUUCCUCUGCCCUCUCAGCGUUGAAGCUAACGACAGUGAUGCAACUCUUCCUGAGCCAGAGGACAUCUUAGCAACCACCAGUGAGCUGGAGGACACACAUGUUGUCGGCAUCUUGGACCUUUGUCAUCUGGGUGGAGAUAAGGUGGAAGUCCUGAUUAACAAGGUGUACAGAGUGACAGAGGUUUCUCUCGAAUAGGAACUACAGAAGAGCAAUUGUACACUUCUGUGAGAGUAUCUUGUAAUUAUUAUCAGCGUGCAAGCGUGCACCUAAUGCACCUGUUUUAGACCAAACCCCAAUUUGGUACUUAAGAAUAGUCCAAUUAACUGUUAAAUGUACAAUAACAAUAAAUGUUACACAAUACUUUAAAUUGUGCUUUCAUGUUUUGA